AUGUUUGGGCAAGUACCAGCACUUUUGUGACGGCUUAAAAACUUUUAAAAUGUCUAAACCACGACCCUGGUCGUGUUUGGUGCUAAACUGAAGUUAGAGAGCCAACUUAAACCGUUAUAGAGUGUAAGUCAAUCGUUAAGCUUGUCACAAUGUUUAUUUUUAAGCGUGUUUUGGUUGUCAGCGGUAUCCUCGUGCCUAAAAGCACUGCCCUCCCACUACGACACUUUUCUGCUCCCUCCUGCCUGAGGUCUCCCAAAAGAAACAGCCCGUACAGCUCAGUGGACAGUGAGCGCUACUCUUCCCUGGUCAAGUCCGUCAUGUCCACCAGAGUCAGCUCCCAAACCCCGGAGACGCUCAGUGCGGAGGACGAACACAUGUAUGGACCUGUUAUCAAGGCUCAAACGCCCCCUAGGACUGAGGUGAGGACACCCAAGACCCUCCAUCCUUUCUUAAACUGCGAGGAUGCUGGAGAACCUGAGGAUGCAGAGUCGGGACCUCCAGUCCGGAUCGGGAUAAACAGAGGACAGGGCAGGUCUUCGGUCCCCAGCGUGACCCGCAUCCUCCAGCAGACACUUUCCCAGGAGCAGAUCUUCUACCUGGAGAGGUGGAAGAGGAGAAUGAUCGCGGAGCUUGGAGAAGAAGGCUUCAGAGAGUACAGUCAGAAUUUAUUCAGACAAGGGAAGCGUUUCCACUCGGCGUUGGAGGAGAUCCUGACAUCAGAUCCAUCAGGGAAGGACAAGAGUGUUUCAGAGACUGCAGAGUAUCCGCCUGACAUACAGGGAUACAUGGAGAGUGUCUCUCACAUACUGAGGGAUGUCACUGCUGUGAGAGCGAUUGAAAGCACUGUCAAACAUGAAACAUUGAACUACCUCGGAGUUGUGGAUUGUGUUGCUCGCUACAGGGGUGUACUGUGUGUUAUUGACUGGAAGACUUCAGAAAAAGCCAAACCAUUCUUAAGCAACACGUACGACAACCCUAUUCAAGUGGCAGCCUACGCCGGUGCUUUGAACAAUGAUGGAAACUACAAAUAUCAGGUUGAAAGUGGACUGAUUGUUGUGGCGUACAAGGACGGCUCUCCAGCACACGCUCACCAACUCAGUCCUGAGCUGAUGUUGGAUUACUGGAAAACUUGGUUACUGCGGCUUGAAGAAUUCACAGAACAAAGAUCCAUUCAAGCAUCUGGUGCUUCUUCAGAGAACAGAUGACAUUUCUGAAAAGUUGUGCUGAUUAAAGUUAUCUUUCUAGCUGCACUUAAAAUGCACGUGAUCUUUUUCUGGGCAGUAAGAGGGGGAAACAAUUCCAGAAUGUCUUUAAUUUUCUUUAGGGCAAAAGCAAAGACACUCCUAGA